AUGUACUCAAAAAAUCAUCAACAAUUGCUGCCACAUGGUGAUCCUGGUCAACAGAAUCCUAAACAUCUGGAAACAUCAGAUUCAGCCGACUCCAGACACAAUCUUGUAUAUAUAGAAGCUCGCGAUGUCUCAGUGUCCCUCGCUACCUCGCCUUUCGAACGUAUACGACGCGCUUGGAAGUUUACAAAAAGCACAGAUAUACCGCUACAACCACCGAGGAUCCUCCACAAUGUACGCGUAUGUAUACCACCUGCACAGUUAACCGUUAUCCUCGGAGGUAGUGGUUCGGGAAAAUCUUCCUUCCUGAAUGCGCUCUCUGGCCGAACACAGAAUGGUCGUCUAAAUGUCACGGGUAGCAUCACAUACAACGGUAGCGUCGAUAUCGGAGCAUUUCGGAGUGCCUAUCUGGUCCAGCAAGAUAUCCUCCCUGCGAUGUUGACCGUCCGCGAGAUACUGAGCUAUGCUUCAGAGUUAAGCCUGGGCUCUGCAGGAGCCUCGGAGAUUGACCGUGCUGUCGAUAACAUCAUUUCAAGGCUAGGCCUUGAAAACUGUGCGGAAACCAGAAUUGGAGACAGCAAGAAUAAGGGAUGUAGUGGGGGUGAAAGGCGAAGAGUCAGCAUUGGGAUUCAACUGCUCAAAGCGACCUCAGUACUCUUUUGCGAUGAACCAACGACUGGCCUUGAUGCAACAACGGCUUUUCAGGUUAUUCGGACUUUAAAGCGACUAGCCGAUAGUGGUAUGACAGUGGUCAUAUCGCUCCAUUCGCCAAGAUCUGACGCCUGGAGCCUUUUUGACAAUGUUAUUAUAUUAUCCGGUGGUCACUUGAUGUAUAGCGGAUUACCAAGUACGGUGGGCGACUAUUUCAAGGAUUGUGGAUAUGAAAUGCCUCCAUUCGUGAAUCCGGCGGACUUUCUCCUAGAUGUUACAUCAGUUGAUGUGCGCUCAGAGGCAUCAAAGUCUAACUCCUGUGCCCGAGUAGAGCACCUGAAGCAAUGCUGGAUGAAUCGUUUGGCAACCAAUGCAGCUAACUGUCUGUCCAACUAUCGGGAUAUAUGCGACUCUAUGGACUUUGAUUCUAAAGCUCCAAGUUAUUCAAGAGUAUGCAAAGUAAUGACACAACGAAACUUGAAAAUAUGCUGGAGAGACUGGAAGUCACUGCUAGGAAUUUGGUGCGCGGUUGCUGCUUUGGCUGCUAUCAACGGUUGGGCUUUCUGGCAACUAGAUGGCAGCUUGAGUGGGAUUCGGUCACGCCAAGGGAGCCUCUGGGACGCAACCGGGCUAUAUGGAUACUUGAUUCUAGUUCAUGAGAUAUGCCGUCUAGUUGAAGAGAUCGGUCUAUUUGAUCACGAACGGAGGGACGGAAUCCUGAGCGCAUCCGCGUUUUUACUUAGCCGAAGGGCAUCCAGGUUUUUCCUAGAGGAUCUGAGCCUUCCACUUCUCUUCACAGCCAUCUACUAUCCCAUGGUUGGAUACCGUGGCUCGGCCUCGCAGGUUUGCAUCUUUCUACUUGUCAUGCUAUUCACGCAUUAUCUUGCGAUUGGAUUCGCCAGUCUUUGUGUGGCCACUACCAGGAGCUUUCACGGAGCAGGUCUGAUGGGAAACCUCUUUUUUACUUUGCAGAUGGUGGCAUCCGCAUACUUUAUCCAGACUGAUCAAACUCCACCGUACGCUCGAUGGCUCAAAUGGGUAACUCAUACUUUCUAUACAUUUGGUACUCUAUGUGCGAACGAGUUUAUCGGUGUGCAUGGUCCAUACGAAGGCAACUUAUACGACUGUCCUUUCUCAGCAGACCGUACAGAUCCUCGCUGCAAGCAGUAUACUGGCCGGUUUGUCAUGGAUAGCCUAGGAAUGCCGAAAGAAUGGGUAUGGCGCCCCAUUGUUAUCUUGUGGUCCAUGACUUGUGCUUUUCAUUUAUCGGGGGCCUUUGUUCUUCAUAUCAAUCAUCCAAAGCCACCUCUUACUCCCACAGAAAGGGUAGGCAGCCCUAGUUCCACGGAGGUAAGGAUACAGCCAAGAUACAACCGCUCAGUUACUCCAGUCUCCCUCUGCCUGGAAGACUACGCCCUGACGGCGAAACGGCAACAGUCUACGCGGCGAAAUGUAACCAGUACAAUAUCCAGGAUUUGUGGUCCAGUGUCCACAAUAUUCCAACCAGGAAAGCUGAAUGUGAUUAUGGGGGCAUCAGGUAGUGGCAAAACAUCUUUAUUAUCUUCAUUGGCUGAAAGGCUCCCCCUGAGUUCAAGUUCCAAGUGGUGCCGUACAGGGUCAGCUUUGUAUAACGGAACACAGUUACCGAAGGUCCAAGUCAGAUCAAUGGUUUCAUUUGUGGCUCAGGAUGAUGACAAUCUGAUGCCGGCACUCACGGUGGCCGAAACAUUGCUUUUUGCCGCUCGGCUGAAGUUGCCAUCCUCAAUGCCUGACGAUGAGAAGCGUGGACGUGUUUCAGAAAUUAUUACAAAGUUUGGUCUGGAAUCAUGUGCGAGACGUCUAGUUGGGUCUGCAAUCGUGAGGGGAAUCAGUGGCGGAGAAAAACGCCGGCUGUCGAUCGCUUGUGAGGUCCUAACGAUGCCGCAAGUUCUUAUUUUGGAUGAGCCUACGUCCGGGCUUGACAGCUUCAUGGCACUCACUGUACUAGAAGUUCUGCAGAGUCUGGCUGCUGAAGGCUGUACUAUCAUUCUCACGGCCCAUCAGCCUACGUCGUCGAUGUGGUCACUUUUCUCCAGCUGCCUGCUUCUCUCACCGGAUGGCUUACCCUUGUACUCCGGUGAAGCGUCUGAGAUGCGUUCCUAUUUUCAUUCAGCGGGGUUUGAGUGCCCCAUGGCAGUAAAUCCUGCAGACUUCUUCAUGGAUCUUGCAACCUCCGGUGAAACGCAAGGGAACAGCGAAGAUAGUAAGAAGCGACUAGACAACCUCGUCAAUGCGUGGAAAUCGCAUGAGUCCUACGCGAGAAAACAAUCCUUUGACUCUCGAGCCGGAACUGAACGUGGUCGUACAGAAUUAAUUCCGGAUUUUGCAACACAUAGCCACCAUUCUUCUGCAACAGCAUUCCCAGUACUUGUACAUCGCGCCGUGCUGAACACUCUUCGCCAGCCAGUCUCAAUCUUAGCCCGAUCAAUUCAGGCUCCUGGGGUGGGUCUUUUGCUAGCACUUUUUACUGCGCCGAUGAAAACGGACUAUCUUUCCAUCCAAACUCGUAUGGGUGUAAUUCAACAGUAUUCGGCUCUAGCCUUCAUUGGCAUGCUCCAAAACAUUGCUACAUUUCCUCCUGAAGUGGAUGUUAUGUACCGCGAGACGUCAGAGGGUCUAUACAAUAUUGAGGCAUUUCUAGCGCAAUACACCAUCCUCGAACUUCCUUUCGAAGCUUUUUCUGCACUUAUAUUUGCUCUGUUACUCGCGUACGCAGCAAAACUAGCACCUGAGGCAGACCUGUUUGGUUUUUUGUUCUUCAGCGCCUUUUGCACGCUCAACAGCGGAGAGUCCAUAAGCAUGCUUUUUUAUCUUGUUUUUGAUCAUAUAAGUCUAGCAGUCAGUUUCACGGCGUCGUUACUUGCUAUGUUCACCGUGCUUGGCGGGGUCAUGAGUCUGGAUCCGCCAAAAGUACUUCAGUGGUUCAACUACAUAUCGCCAGUCAAGUAUGCAGUAACGAGUAUCUCUGUCUUGACCAUGAGAGACUUGACAUUUACUUGCGCGGAGGAGCAGCGAGAUGUGAACGGGAAAUGCUUGAUAGAAACUGGAGAACAGGUCCUACAGCUGUAUAAGUUUAAUCAGAAAAAUCCGUGGUUGGAAGCCUUGGGGGGUGUUGUGGCCAUGUUAUGUUAUCGUUUGCUGGUAUACGCGAUUCUUAAGGUCAAGGUCAAGCGGUUGAGCUCCAGGGGUAUGCGAGAUUUACUCAGAGGAUGGCGACGCGAGAAGGCCGGCGAAGAUGAAAGGGGCUUGAUGCUUUCUACCCUGAACGCAUAA